UUAUAAUAAAACUGGAAUGAAAUAAUAUUUAAUUGUGCUUUUUAAUUACUUUAAUUACACAUUGUGUGUGUGUUGUGUAUAUAUGAUAUAUAUAUAUAUAUAUAUGAGAAUUAUACAUAACAUAUAUAUGGGAUUGUGCACCGAUACUACGUAGAACAAUGUUAUUAUUUACCAAAAGUAAUUCAAUUACUAAAUUAUUGAUAAAUUCAUUAAAAUCAUCUCAUAUACUUUCACAAAAACGCAUGGUGUAUAAAUCUAGUUUAUUAUUACGUAAAAUAUUUGAGAAAUCAAGAAUAAAUAAUGUAAAAGGACAAUUAUGGACAUCAAAUUUAAUAAUACGACAUAACCAAACACAAUCAUGGGAUAUAAAGACUAAUCUAGCAAAUAAUGUUAUUUUGUAUAAGAAUGAAAGAGGCAAAUAUAUGUUCGUUCACAUAUUUGGUCUAUGUAACAUAUUUGCUUGGUUAUAUUUAUUUUAUUAUUGGUAUGGAGAUUUAUAUCGUAAUUUAAAGACUAUACCGUUUAAACAAUUUUUGGGGGAUAAUUAUCCUAUUCUUUCAAUUUUCUUUUUAACGACAUUCUCAGGACCACUUUUCUAUGGAUUAGCAUGGUUUUUUAGUUCACGUAUGGUCAAGUAUAUAAUCUUACAUAAAGGAGGCAAACAUAUUAGCUUUAUUACUAAUCAUCUACUAAAAAGCAGAAAUACUAUAACUGUUCCUAUAGAAAAGGCACAUUUUGACUUUACACCACUAAGGGAAUUUGCCAAAGACCAAAACAAAUAAUAGUCUGACAGUGCAAGGUCAGGGUGCAAAUACAGUGGAUUCAUUGAAAUUCUCCAGCCAAGUUCUCUCAAUUUUUUAUGGAUCACCAAUGAUAGAUCAUGUGUGUGAUCUAUCAUUGUCGUGAUGGAAGAUAAUAUCUUUCCUAUUGAUCAAUUUUAGUCGUUUUAUCUCGAUUGCUUGGCAUGAUCUAUUAUUAACAAUAGAGAUUAGAAUCAAUAGUUUGGCCUGGCUGUGCCACCACCUGCGGAGCUUCACUUUCCUUCAACCAUGAUUUUUUUCGUACAUUAUUAUCGUACGUGAUCCAUUUUUCCUCGUCCGUAACAAGCUGAUUCAAAAAUGGUCCGGUUUUAAUAACGAUUCUCAGAUGUUAAUUCGAUCCAUUAAAUUUUUCAUUGUUAAAUCAUAUGGCCGUCUUCUUCGAAUGAUUUAAAACUGUUUUGUGGUCAAUGUUUAGUUGUUUAUCGACAUUAGAACUGUUAAUGUGCCGGUCUUACUCAAUUUUUUUCAUGAUUUCAUAGACUUUUUCAAUCAUUGGCCGACCAAAGCGAGGUACAUCACUUAUAUCAAAAUUUCUAAAUUGAAAACUCUUGAACCAGCUUUGUACCAGUCAUACUGAUACUGCAUCAAGUUCAUAAACAUCAAAAAUUUUUUUAGCAUCCUAAAUUGUAUUCUUUCUUUUUUUGUAAUAAAAUUUCAAAAUUUAUUGAAUUUCUUCUUUGCUUCCACUUAUUUUCAAAACGUAAUAAAUUUAAAAUAAAUAAAUGAAUAUAUUAUAAUCUUUCUAAAAAUACUUAAUGAUGUCACCUUGCAACACAUAUAUUGAUAAUUGCAAAUACAUAUAAUUAUCAAAUUUGAUUAAUAUCAUCAGUUAUACGAUCGUAAUAUCAUAUACCGGGAGAAUACGAAGAAACUUAUUUCCCUAAUAAUAAUACAUUAAGGCUGUUCAUUACACUUGUUUUUUUUUAAUGGCUUACGUUAUCAAUGAGAACAGGCGUAAUUCUUAACCGAUUUUAAUGAAUAAGGUUUCAUUUUUAAGAGGAAGGUUUAAUCUGUUUGAAUUGUUCUUGCGGAGUUUUGGAAAAGAUAUAUUUUCUUUGAAAAAAAUCAUGUUAAAAAAUGGUAUUUUUUGAGAAUAGUUUAUAUACAAAUAAAAAUUGAAAUUCUCCAUCAAAAUUGGUCAAAAAUUACUUCUGUUCAUUGAUGACGUAAAUGCUGUUUUUGACAUUUUUCGUGAAGAAAAAGUUUAGUACUACGGCGCUCCUUGAAAUAUGUGGCGAAAAAGAAGAAGCUCGUACAUCCACUACUGAUUUUCAUAUCACGCUUGAAUGGUGUAUGUUCCAUGAAGUAGCGAUUACCUGUUUGGUUGUAUGUGUAAAUAGAUUUUUUGAACAUUUCCAAACGCAAAGAAAUGAGUUUCUCGAUGCUCGCACGGAAAAGUUACGGUAACUUACUCGAUCAUUUUAAUAAGCUUUGAUCAGAUAAUUCUAUGGUCAAAAUAAAGAAAUACAUGUCCAAUGACAUGUAUUGUCAAGUUUAUGACAUGUUUAUAUCAAGGGAUCUGAGUUUCUAAAACAUUGUUAAAUUUUGAAAAAUUUGUAGUUUCUUUUAAAUUUUAUAGAUUAAAAAGAGAGAAAUUGUAUAAGCAAUGUGUAGCACAUUGGCAAGCGUAUAGGAUUCGUAAUUAAGGAAUUUGAUGGCUGACGUGAAUUUCGCAAUGAUCUGUGCUAGAUAGGACACAACACAGUAUAAUUUUGUUUGAUGACAAAUGCAUACAAAAUAUAUACAUUUGUUGAUUAUUUUUUCAAAAUUAAUAAUCUACCAAACUACUUACUCUAACCUACACGAAACCAGUUGUUAUUGUGCGUAAAAGAGAAAUAACUCAUAAACUUAUACACCGAUACAAUAGACGCACGGUGGGAACAGCAUUCUCCGUUUGUAUUCGUAAUUCAUAUUUUCUCCAUACCUAUCGUUGAAGUCAUACACGCUUUGAACAAAAGCUUUAUAAAAGACUUCAGGUGCUGAUCCAACUUGUUUUUGCCAAUAACGUGUCCAGUAGAGAUCUUCUGGAUUUAUAUCAUGUGGAUGAUUAGCAUUUCUGAAUACAUGUACACAAUAUACAAGGCUUCCUAUCAAUGUUAAGAAUCCAAAAACAA